AUGAAAAUCUCCAUGUUUUCUUUGCUUGUUCCACUCCUUAUUUUCACUUUCUUCCUAUUCAAAUGGCUCAAAGGUAGCAAGAAAAACCUCCCACCUUCACCACCAAAACUUCCCAUGAUAGGAAACCUUCAUCAACUUGGUUUCCUCCCACACCAAUCCCUGAAAUUGUUAGCUGAAAAAUAUGGUUCAAUUAUGCUUCUUCACUUAGGUAGCAAACCUACACUCAUCAGUUCAUCCCCUACUAUGGCUGAAAUGGUCCUAAAAACACAUGAUCUCAACUUUUCAAGUAGGCCUAAAGCGAACUCUGUUGGGCGACUUGUGUACAAUUUUAAGGAUCCAGCUUUCGCACCUUAUGGCGAAUACUGGAGACAAAUAAAAAGUUCGCCUGUUAAUGUCAGCGAGCUAUUAGUAAUAUUUUCUAAUGACAUAAUUUGUCGGAUGGCCAUGGGGAGGAGGCACUCGGGAGAGAAAAGCGGAAGCAAAUUCAUGAAAACUUUUGACGAAUGUUUAGAGCUAUUGGGAGCCUUUUAA